AUGGAGAAUGUCAAGCCUAUCAAGACUCCCAUGCAAGUCAAUGGACACCUCGAUCUCAAUGAAGAUGGAAAAGCCGUGGAUCAAAAGGGAGGGAAGAAACUAGCUGGCAGAAGUAGUAGGAAGGAAAAGGAGAUAACAGAUGACUCCAAUGAUGAAGAUGAAGGGAUGAAAGAGGCUGAUGAGCAGCAAGAAGAGAGGAGUAUGUUGCCACCCUUGAAGCUUUGCAAGUCGUUCAAUGCAAUUUCAAGUUCAAGUGGAUUGAGCAGGAAAGUGAUAAACUACUCGGACAAGUCAGGAAAAUGCAAGAAGGAAAGCGUCGCCGUCCAUCGCAUAAAUCAUCUGCGUCGUUCGUUCGCCCGCCAUCUCUUGACUCCUCUCGUUUGGCCCCCAUCUCCCGACCUCCCUCGCUACUCUCUCCCGUCACGGCGCAUCCGCCGGCUGCGAUGCCUCUCGGCCGAGGAACGGCAGUGGGAGACGGAGACGGAGGCGCUCAUCGUGCUAUCUCUCGGGUUCCCCAUCGACGAGCUUCGGCCAGAGGAGCGGCCCCUCCUCCCGGCCCCCAUCGCCGACGCGCCCAACGACUACAUUGUCGUUCGCAAUCACAUCCUCGCCUCCUGGCGCGCCGACCCGAGCGCGCCGCUCCCCCGCGUGCGCGUGCUCGAGACCGUGGCCGCCACCUACGACCACCUCGUCGCCGCGGCCCACGGGCUCCUCGUCCGCGAGGGCCACAUCAACUUCGGCGUGUCCGCCGCCUUCCCCACCGCCCCGCCCCUGGACACCCCGCCUCAGGGCGCUGCAACAGCCUUCGUCCUCGUCGGCGGCACGGGUCGCGCCGGGAUCCCUGCCGCGCGCCAGCUCCUCCGCUUCGGCCUCCGCGUGCUUGUCUUCGAGGGUCGUUCGCACCCCGGCGGCCGCGUCUACACAUCCCGCCUCGGCGAGGACAAGGCCGUCGUCGAGCUCGGCGACAGCGUCAUCACCGGCAUCCACGCCAACCCGCUGGGUGUUUUGUUGUGCCCUUGGGCAUGUCUUAUCAUGGCAAUUGGAUUAUCUGCACUAAUUCUAGGCUUAUGGCCCAUGCAUCUGAUUUGGACAUACUACUGCAUUAUCAGAACUAAGCUGGUGGGACCUGUAGUAAAGCUUCUGCUUCUUAUUGUUGCUACUGCAAUCUUGAUCCUAUGGUUGAUAGUUGGCAUCCCAGGAAGCGUCCUUUCUGGAUUAGUAUAUGGUUUUCUAGCGCCCAUAAUGGCCACAUUCAGUGCAAUUGGAGAAAGCAAAGAAAAGCUGUUUGUUCAUUGUUUUGUGGAUAGAACAUGGAGUACUAUCACUGGAAGUUGUACUGUAGUCACGGAUGUGAAAGACUUGCUUUUCCACUCCUAUUUUUCAAUUAUGGAUGACAUUCGUCUUCAGAAACCUCCUGAUGGGAAGCCGUAUGAGAUAAGGAAGAUAUAUACACUACCUCACCUGUCAGAGAAGUCAAGACGAAAGAGGACAAGGCUUGAGGAUCUAGGAUGCUGGUUCUAAUAAUGAUAGAUGAGUAAUACAAAUAUAAAGACUUGCUUAUAUGGAGUGUAUUUUGGUCAUAUAUUAUUACAUCAAAAUUGAAGGAAGAAAAGAUUGUACUAAAAACACGGAUGCUUAGCCAAGACUACUUUCAUGCUAUUGUAAUAAUAGAGUACAUGUUCGAAAUAUGGAUGUCGUAGUAAUACACGGGCACCUUACUAUCUUUGUUUUCUCCCAAACGUCUGAUUUUGGACGAGACCCAAAGUAUAGAAAAGAACUCGAUGUUCAAGAGUUGGCCAUAUCGUUAGAAAGCUAGCCUUUUAUGAACUAUGAUGUCUCACGUUGCAAAUUUGUAAGAAUGCUUCCCUUUGUCCAUUGGUGCCAUUGUUUUCGCUAUCCUAAUGUCUACCUUUUUGCAGAUUCUUAUGUCAUUUGCACAA